ACUCCUCUAGUGGUGCGGUUGAGAAGGAGCAUUCAUUUCACCACCUCUCAUUUUGUUUUUUUCCUUUCUGUAUGUGUGUGUCUUCAGUAUUUGAACGAUGCCAGGAAACCCAGGGCUGGUAUUUGGAGCGGCAAGGAUCAGGGGAGACGGAGAGUUUUGCUGAGGGGAUCUGUACUUCAAUCAGACAAGGGGUUGGAAUAUAUUUGGAUGCCACUGGCCCCCCCGACUGUGGAGAGAAGACAAGGAGAACUUUCAUUGACACACAGUGGAGAAGAGGCGCCCUUUGAGUGGCCAGCCAGCUGAAUGUUGCUGCAGGAUGGUCGUGCUGUUGUCUCUGUGACCAGACCAGCUUUUGGGACUGAAUUUUGGCCACAGGCUCAGGGUCAGAUCUUGGGUUUUGAGGAAGAUUUCUGGAGAGAAUUUUAGGGGGACAUUGAGACAUCUAGUUAGGGUGGGUUUGGUCAGAAAUUGGUGUGUUUUUUUAGAUCAAGGGGCAGGGUUUGGAGUGAGUUUUAAUUUUUUAAGGUGAGUUUUAGAGAUUUUGUGGGGCUGGUGGUUUGGUGAUUAUAGCUUGUCUGGGUGUUUGGGGCAAAUUGUGGAGUUUUAGUUAAAGUGGGGUUUGUUGUUUUUGGGGAGAUUGUGGAGUUUUAGUUAAUGUGUGGGUUGUUUUUGAGGCAGAUUGUGGAGAUUUAGUUAAAGUGGGGUUGUUUUGGGGGGGAAAUUGUAGAGUUUUAGUUAAAGUAGGGGUUGUUUUUGGGGCAGAUUGUGGAGUUUUAGUUAAAGUGGGGUUGUUUUGGGGGGAAAUUGUAGAGUUUUAGUUAAUGUGGAGGUUGUUUUGGGGGGAAAUUGUAGAGUUUUAGUUAGUGGGGGUUGUUAUUGGGGCAGAUUGUGGAGAUUUAGUUAAAGUGGGGUUGUUAUUGGGGCAGAUUGUGGAGUUUUAGUUAGUGGGGGUUGUUAUUGGGGCAGAUUGUGGAGUUUUAGAUAAAGUGGGGUUGUUAUUUUUGGGGAGAGGGAUUUUUAUUGUUGGAUCAGUGGGAUUGAGGGAGGACUCUCACCUCCUCCUCCUCCUCCUCCUGCUGCUGCUGCCAGUGUGGAGAUGGCGGGGAGUAGCUGCAGCCCCGGGCCCGGCGCUGGCUGCUCCUCAGGCGGCUCGGCCUCGGCCUCCAGCCCCGGGCCCGGCCCUGGACCUUCCAGCGGCGGCUCGACCGCCUCCAACCCCCGCAAGUUCAGCGAGAAGAUCGCGCUACACACCCAGAAACAGGCCGAGGAGACGGCCGCCUUCGAGGAGGUGAUGAAGGAUCUCAGCGUGUCGCGGGUUCAGUUUCACAAGCUGCACCACUUACGAUUGGCACAGACCCGGGCACAGUAUUAUGGAGGAUCCUUACCGAACGUUAACCAGAUUGGCAACAACUUGCAUGACUUUCAGACACUGUUGCAUCCGACGCUGGACUCUAUGCGGGGAACACGACACCAUGGGUUGGUGGAGAGGGUGCAGCGAGAUCGAAAUCACCUGGUGUCUCCCCAUCGCCACCAGUCCCCGAUGGAUAAGCACGGCCGACAAUUUGACAGUUCCCCGUACGGAUCAGUUUAUCUCUCCCCACCACCAGACACCAGCUGGAGAAGGAGAUUCCCACCCUGGGACAGUGAGGAGAAACCACCUGGAUUGAGACUGAUCCCGGCCCUCAGCAGGACCAACUCUGACUCUGCUCUGCACACCAGUGCUCUGAACCCCAGUGCGCAGGAUGCCUUCAUGGGAGGGGGCCAAACCUUCUCUCAACAAGACCGGCGUCACGUGAACUAUUACGAUGAAAUGGACAGUCUGGGAGAAGUCUUUUCAUUCCCGGUCCCAACGGCAGAAGAUAAUCUCUUAAAGCUGAACAAACCUUUGCCAAAACAGCUGUGGGAAGCGAAGAAGGUUCAAUCUUUGUCAUUGCGUCCCAAGUCCUGUGAAGUGCCCGGGAUCAGUAUCUACCCGUCCCAGGACCAGAACGCCGGCUUGUCCCAUUUCCAGGGCUCGCUGAACACAGGCGGCUCACUGCCCGACCUCACCAACCUCCACUUCCCAUCGCCUCUGCCCACCCCGUUGGAUCCCGAGGACAACCCGUACCCCAACAUCAGCGGAGGCAGCAGCACCAGCAACCUGGCAGCCACCAUGACACAUCUGGGCAUCAGCAGCUCUCAAGGUCUGUCGUCCUCCUUGCACAGCUCGCUGAGUAACCCAUCCAUACAAGCCUCGCUCACCAACUCCAUGGUGCCCUCUCCACUGAGCAACCACUCCCUCAGCAACCCACCGAUGCAGUCGUCCCUGCGAUCAUCGCUCAGCAACCCGUCCAUCCCCACCGCCUUGAACAGCUCGCCACGCCGUCGCCAGACCCCGGUCAGUCCGCUGACCCUCUCGCCGGGCAUGGAGCCUCGCAGGUCACUGAGCAAACAGUUCUCGCCAACCAUGUCGCCAACGCUGUCUUCAAUCGCACAGGGAGUGGCCUUGGACACCAGUAACAUGGCGAUGGAACAUCUGCCACCUUACCCGAUCUACCAGCACCUCCAGCAGCCCCAGCACUUGAUGCACCAGACUCAGCAAGCACUGCUCCAAUCACCAAUCUCCACUAUCCAUCCACUCUCUCAGACUCUGCCACUCGAGCUGCCCUCCCCCAGUAACGACAUCGUGGAUAAUUUCUUCAAUGACCCGUACUUUGAGCAGCAGUUUCUGGCCAGUCAGUCCAAGCCUCUGUGCCAGCAGCUGAACCAGUACAACGUGUUGGAGCGGCCAUCUAGCUCCCUGCCGAUGAGCGGCAGCAACUUCUACAACCUGGGCUCCAGCCUUCACUUCUCGCAGGCAGCCUUGCUGGGUCUGAGCGGGAGCUACGGCAGCCUCCAGGAUCCACUACCACAGCUGAAACCCAACCAGUUCUACUCCACCUGCACCGGCAACAUCCCCAACAUCAUCCUGACAGGUGACUCGCCCCCCAGCCUGUCCAAGGACAUCAGCAGCGCGCUGGCCGGAGUCACGGACAACACCUUCGACACGGACACCCAGUUCCAACUGGACGAUGAUCUGAAGAUGGAGCCGCUGGGCCUGGACGGCCUGAGCAUGCUGAGUGACCCGGACCUGGUGCUGACUGAUCCCUCCAUCGAAGACACAUUCAGGACUGACCGCAUGUAACCAGUGUGCCUCGCGCGACAGGGUGAGAAUGUUUCUGGACACUUGAUGAGUGAAGAAUAACAUUUACAGCAAGGCACCGUUGAAGCUCGACUUAUUUUUUUAUUCAUUAAAGCACUAUCCGUUUUGGUUUUUAACUAUGUGCAUUUAUACAUCGGUUUAGCUGGGUUACGGCCGAUAUGUUUUUCCGUGUAUGCUGACUGUUGACACAGGAAAGGCCAGUACGUUAAAGACAGGAAAUCCUAGUUCUGUAAAUCAUUGGGGUAGCUCUACAUCGUCCCAGUCCGCUGGUGGGAGUUAACGCUGGGCGAGUCCCGCACACUGCCUACCGCAUUCCCUCAUUCUACCGGGCUUGGCUGGAGCGGGAGUGAGUGCCACAGAACCAGCGGGAGCAGUGUCCGGGGAUAGACUAGGAGGACGGUUUAACCCCUCCUGAUCCUGUUCAAUGUUGGCCCACAGUCUCCCACGGCACGCAGGGACCGCUGGCAUCGACAGACCCGCAUCCCGCCCUUCCCUGACCACCAGACAUCGGCCGGAUCUACACAGACCCGCUGCCCUUUCAUUAAUCACUGGGAAGCCAGUGAUUGAAAUGGUGUCGAACCAGGAGGCGGCCACUAGACACUGGGUCUGAGACUGGACACUGGGUCCAAGGGCAGUCAAUGGGUCCGAGACACGCCACUGGCCACUGCGUCUGAGAGAUCACUGGGCAUUGGGUCUGGGGAGAACACACACUGGGAUCAGUGACCUGCCAUGUUUAUAUUGAGGUCAAUGGUCAGCCAGUCGGAGGGUCGGUAUGGUGCCAGUGGUCAGUCUGGUCACGGAGCCAGUGGUUGUGGUGCUAGUGGUCAGCCAGUGGUCCUGGAACCAGUGGUCAGCCAGUGGUCCUGGAACCAGUGGUCAGCCAGUGAUCCCAGGGCCAGUGGUCAGCCAGUGGUCACUGGUUCUCUAACAACCCCCUGAGGACAUUGCAGUUUUGUCUCCCAUUGAAAUAAACACGGAUUA